AUGUCGCAGAUCAAGCUCACCAAGCCCACCGUGCCCUUCUCGGAGGCGCCCUGGAUUCAGGGCUUGCCCUCCUCGAUCUUCACUUCGCCCUCGCACGUGCAGCUGCGCGAGUGGGCGCGCAAUUUCACGGACGAGGUCAUCGUCAAAAUCGGCGCCAAGUACGUCGAAGCCGGCCGCAUCACCGAUGACGAGGCUUAUCAGCGUUGUGCCAAGGACGGUGUUCUCUUUGCCUUCGCCACAGGUGUCCAUGUCGAUCCCAAGAUCGCCAAGAUUGCGGAGCGCGCGGGCGUGUCCCUGCCAGCCGGGAUCAAGAUGGACGAGUGGAGCAACAUCCACGACUACAUUAUCUGGGACGAACUCAACCGCGCCGCUAGCGCUGUGAUGAUGGGUCUUCUGGGUGGCUUGACCUACGGAACGGGUCCCCUUAUGCACUUUUGUAGCGACGAGCAGAAGGAGCGCUGGCUGCCCGAGAUCUUCUCGGGCAAGAAGCGAAUUUGUCUCGCCAUCACCGAGCCCCUCGCAGGAAGCAAUGUCGCCAACCUCAGCACCGAGGCCAAGCUCAUCGAGGAGAACGGCAAGAAAUACUACCUCGUCAACGGAAGCAAGAAGUGGAUCACCAACGGCAUCUACUCGGACUACUUCACCACUGCUGUCCGCACGUCCGGAAAGGCAGGCGACUCCUCGGGCAUCUCGCUGCUCCUGAUCCCCAAGGGUCCCGGCGUGACCACCAAGCAGAUGAAGAUGCUUCCCGGCGGCGCCUCCGGCACCACCAUUGUUGAGUUCGACGACGUCAAGGUGCCCGUCGAGAACCUGAUCGGCAAAGAGGGCGACGGCCUUCGGCUCGUCUUCUUUAACUUCAAUCAUGAGAGGAUGACCAUCGCGUUCACGGCCCUUCGUCUUUCCAGGGUGUGUCUCGAGGAUGCCAUUGCCCAUACUCGUCGUCGCGAGGUGUUUGGCAAGAAGCUGAUCGAGCAGCCGGUGGUGCGCUACAAGAUCGGCCACAUGGCGCGCGAAGUGGAAGCCCUGCAGGCGUGGGUGGAAAGCAUUGUUUUCCAACAAAUGAACCUGACCAUCCCACAAUCGAAUUUGUUGACCGGCGGAACCUGCGCGUUGCUCAAGGCGCAUGCGGGGAUCGUCCUGGACCACGUUGUUAGGGAGUCGCUCCAUCUGUUGGGAGGAAUGGGACUGACCGUCGGCGGAACCGGAGAGAGAAUCGAACGCAUCUACAGGGAGGUCAAGGGCAUGACCAUCCCAGGUGGAAGCGAAGACGUCAUGCUCGACCUGGGCGUCAGACAGCAGUUGAAGCUCGUCGGUCCUCAGAGCAAGUUCUGA